AUGGUGGAUUACGACGACAUCACGCACACUCUCCUGAUAGAGAAAAUCAAAAUACAGUACGACUCAAAUAGCCAGUGGAACAAAUUCUUUAAAUAUAGCUUGAGGAACCCCCACUCCUUUGUCUACCCGGAGAGCACACACUUCGCGCAAAAUGCCGACUUCGACUACUUCAGUAGCGCCCUCCAGGCGAAGGGGUACAAACUGAACAACGUGAGCCCUCUGAAUGACGGCUACGGCGAGGAUACCGGCGAGGAGAGGUACCUACUCGAAGUGGAAAAGCACCAAGGGAAAAACCUUAGCAAAGAUGAAGACACACUGAACCGGAAAAUCGUGUGCCUCUUCAAAGAAUGCAUGUUUUACUUCAUGAGCUUUAACGAUAAAGAUGGACACAUAUUAGACAAGCCCUCCAGAAAUUUAAACAAAAAAGACAUAAAAGACAGCAGUGAGUAUGAGCUUUUUAAAAGCCUAAGUGAUUGUAUCGUUCAGCUCCACGACUCCAAAGUUAUGAAGCACCAGGCUCUCAUCAUGACUAGUGAUUUUUGUGGACUGUUCACUCCAAAGCAUGUAAAACUGACGAAAUUUUCCGAUGGGUUUUUAAAUUUUUUGAAAGAGAAUGAUAUAAAAUACAUGGACCUGUUCUAUGAGGAGAUGAAAAGAAAUGAAUUUUACAAGAAGAAGAAGGAGCAUUAUGAUUAUUUGAAGAAUGCUUCUUUUGUCCCGCUUACCAAGGGGGAAAUUUCCCUCGCCAAUAAGAAAAAGAAGCCCGAAAGGGGGGUUGCAAUCGGGGGAGGGGACCCUGUAGGGAAACGUGAGCCGGAGGGGAGCCCUCUGCAGGGGGAGUCCCCCCGUGGGGGCGAUGCAGAAGGCGGAGCAGAGGCCUCCCUCCGAGGUUCAGUACUACCGAAGCAGACCUCCGCGACGAAGAAGAAAAAGACGAAGAAGAGAAAAAUGACGGAUGAUUCCGACAAAGAGGACAGUAGCGCGUGCGCACAGAUGGGCGCGCUCGUCAAGGGGGAGGAACAGGCGGAUUGGGAAGCGCAAGAGGAAGGGAAAGACAAAGCGAGCCAAAAAGAGGGCGACGCUGCGGACAAAUCGCGCUGCAGCGGAGCCAAUCAGAGGAAGAAAAAAAAAAAGAGGAAAGAUGACGAUAGGAAGAAAAAGAAAGUUAAAAAGAAGAAAAAGGUCGACAUCGAGGAGGGAACCACCACGGUAGAGGAACACCAGCUCGAAUUGGUGCUGUACGAAAAUGAAGACAUCUGCAAUUAUCUGAACAUAAGGAGUGAAGACAGGGCGUUGGGUCAGGGGGGAGACGCCAGCAGAACUGCCGCAGGGGAGAACCAAAAUGAGAAGGAAAAAGAAUAUAAAAAUACGAAGCAGGGUGAAAAUCAAAGGAAGAGCCCCAAUCAGCAGGCGAUUACCAAGAAUGCCAAAAUUUUCCACAUGUUGAACAAAAGAGUAGAAUCCGAUGAGUACAUCUACAACGAAAUAAAGGGAGACUUCAUGAAGGAAAUAAACCUACCGAAUAACUACAACUAUGAUGUGAAUGCAGUUCAGAUCUGCGACAAAGACGUGAAGAAUUUUUAUCGCUGUGUCCUCAGACACAUAAGUAAAAGAAAAGACAAAUUAAAAAUUUACUACAUAAUAAGUAACUUUCUAUUUUUCUUUUCCAAAAUGUAUAAGAAUACCAUCAGCUUUCACGACAAUGUACAUAAAGACAUCAACCGAAAUUUCGAUUAUAAGAGUUUGAUCAUACAAGGGAAUAUGCUGCCGCACAAUUUCUUCCUCCUCCUGAAAGCACUGCACCUGAUGAGUCUUCACGAGCUGAUAAAAAAUUUCUACCUCUCUGUAGAGUACGACGAACGGAAGAACAAAUGUCUGCACUUUUUAAACAUAACGGAAAAUAAAUUUUACGAAAAUUUCAAAAAAUUUGAAAAUAACAUCAAAGCGAAUUUUUCCCAUGUUCAUAAAUUCCUACAGAACAUGAUCCCAAUAUAUAACUUUUUGAUAGUCAAGGGGAAGGUGUAUUGUAACUCUGAGCAGUCUACCUUCUGCUUUGAGAACAACGACCUUUUACAGCUGACAUAUAAUAGGAGCACAUACGACAAUAGGGGUGCCCUUGUUUUGUACGAGGGGGACGAUGAGGGGGAGAGGGGUACUCGUCACCCGGGGGAAGCCAAUAACAGGGAUGAUUCUUCCCAUAACGGAAUCGGUGUGACCAACCCGUACACUGCGUCCCACUAUUUCUUGUAUGACUCGACGAACACGCUGAGCAUGAGCAGGGGACCCGCACACCUGAAAAAAGUUUACACAAUAAUUGACGACAAGGAAAUGCAUAAAGUAGUAAAUGAGCUGGCCGACCUGAAUGAUAAUUACACAAAAAAUUUAAUUACAGAGAGGAGACUUCUCUUCAUUUUGGACUCCUACGAAAAGAACAAUCUUUUUCAGAAUGUCCUCUUCAGCGCGCCCUUUUUCGAUACGUACAUUUCGUUGGUUUUCCCCUUCUAUGUAAAUAACUACGUGAAAAAAUACGAGCCGUUUAUGCACAUCCCGCUUUUCAAGCCGUCCUACUUUAACCUCCUCGCGGGGCACAUCAAAAGGAGGAAGUGCCAGCGCGAAAUGAAGGAGCAGCGCGCCCAGGGCAGCCAGCACACCGUUGACAAAAUGUGUAACAACUUUUUCAGGAGCUCCCUCAACAGUAUGCUCAACAGCAGGGCGGAAGGGGGAGCACCUCUGGGAGAGGCAUCUGCAGAGGAGCCACCAGUUGAGGAGUCAGCAGCUGGAGAAGCACCUGCGAACAACCCCAUCGUAUCAUCUUCCCCCCCGGAGGCCCCCCCCAGGAAGCACGAGCAUGCCGUUGAGGAGGACCGCCUACACACCGCGCAGAUUAUCCAAAACAUCAUCGUGAACGAGCGCACAGCAAGAAAAUCCGAACCGAGGGAUAUCCUCACGUGCAUAUUUGUCUUGAUCACUGCGAAUCACAACGCCCCCACGGAGGAGGAAAAGAAGGUCCGAGAAAUAAUCUUGCAUGUCUUGAAGGGCAAAGAAAUGGAGAAUGCAAACCAGAAAAUAAAGUACACCUUCAAAUACAGAAACAACAUUAGCGACGCCAUAACCCUAAGCGAGAUAGAAGUGCGUAAAGGGGAUUUUUCAAAAAUUUUUAUUUUUGGCAUUAUCUUAAGUAACGAUAUAUCUGGCUCCACCUUACAAGAGGAAAUCCACUGUCUGUACAGCUUGCAGAGCACUCUACGGUGCAAGUACCCCUCGCGCAGGUUCGAAUUGGAGGCCCAAGUUUUUACCUUUUACUGGGUGUACGACGUGCACGUGUAUGGGUCCAUUUUUCUGAACAGAAAGCAGAGGAGCCAUGCGCUCUCCAGGGUCGGGGAGUCCUACCAGCUGCCUUACAACGUGCAGUGGAAGAGCCACCCCCUGUGGGGAUACUACCUUUACAUUAUCCAAGACAGCAUCGAUAGCAAAUACUCGGAGCAGACCAUCUCCACCCUGCGAGACGAGCACGGCAUAAACGUGCGCCUCUGCAGCGAAGAGUUCGACGUAAAACUUAUCGAAACGGACAUUAAAGAAGUGCUUCAGAUGCACAACCUCGAAUUAGAAGACCUCAAAAAUGUCAACAAAAACAUAUUCCUAAACAUCAUUUUUUUGAUUGAAAAUGGACACCUCACGUAUUUCAAUUUCCACAACACGGAAAUCAUACGAAUAAAUCAGAGGAACAACUAUCUGUGCAUAAAGCUUCUUAAAUCGAAGGUAACUUUCCCCUCCUUCAGUUUGAACACACCCCUGCUGAACGACUCCUGGCUCUCGGAUGUGCUUGCCAGCGAGCAGCCCCUCCCCUUUGACGCCUACUUCUACAAAUUUUGA